GAUCUUUGCGCUGGCAUCAACUAGAAAAUUCAUAGGGAAAAAAGUCACUUUCGAUAUCUCAGGCUUCCCAGUAAAAUGCUUUGCAUUGAGAUUGGAAUGGUGGAGUUAAAGUGAGCAGUGGACCGCCCAUGGAUCGGAAAACUGAAAAGCUGUAGAUACAAUGGAAGGAAAAUUUCCCAAUUCUGUUAGCUUGAAAAUCAGACGGAUACUUUCUUGUACUUGGCUUUCGACCUAACGGUGCUGCUUCAGUAGUUUUAAACGUUCAAGUAUCGUAAAGGAGCUUCUGUUUUCUUGUUUGGGACUUGGAGUUCCAUCAAUUCCUUUGCUCUCCCGUGCCACCACCGGCUCCGGACUCUUUGUCUUUUUCAAGGAUUUCUGGAUUUUGCAAAUUGAACAACUCAAUCGAAAGAAAAUUUGCUCAGGCCUCGUGUGGUUGGGUUUGCAUUAUGGUUGUUCUUCUGACUUCUAAUACGUAAAAUUUUCGAGUAAAAUGCAUAUGCGUCUUUUUAACAUUUAUCCUACUUUUGACCUUACAAUUUAGAGAAAACACCAACACUUCUUUAUUUCCAUAUGAAUGGAAUAUCUAAAGUAAAACACUAAGCAACUGAAUCUUUAAUGCUGCUGAGGGAACAUUUUAGCCUAUGUUAGAUUUUAAGUGGUUUUUGAGGUGGUAGGUAUAGUUGGACAAAUGAUUGAAUUGGACUGCUAGAAGUCCAAAAACAAAAGAAUGUAUUUCAAUUCAAUUAACAAACGGAAGGAAUGCAAAGGACCAAACUUUAGAGUUGUGGAAGCAAACAACAGUCGUGGCAUGGGCAUUUGACAACUGGAUCGUGGCCCAAAAAAUUGCUCCAAAUUUGAGAAGAGGUCCAUUACUUGAACCAGAACUAUCUACUCCAGUAUAUACCAAUGCCAAUGGAGUUGGGUUCUGUGUCCGCCGCUCGCAGUUCCGUGGAGAAAGAGACAAAGAGCGGGACGAUGGCAGGUGUCGGAAAAUGCUUCCUCGUUACAGGCCCUCCUGGUGUGGGUAAAACCACUCUGAUUAUGAGAAUAUAUGAGACUCUGAAGCUCUCGAACCCCAACCUCAAGCUUCAGGGUUUCUACUCUCAAGAGAUUAGACAGGGAGGUGAGAGGGUUGGGUUUGAAGUGGUUACCUUGGAUGGUCGCAGAGGUCGGCUCGCCUGCUCCAUUCUUCCCAGUCCUGAAGCUCGACAGUGGCCUGCUGUUGGGAAAUACAAAGUGGAUAUAGCAUCAUUUGAAGCAGUGGCAUUGCCUGAAUUGAAGGUCAGAGAAGAUACAGAUCUCUUCAUCAUCGAUGAAGUUGGUAAAAUGGAGUUGUAUAGUUCAUACUUCUUUCCAGCCAUUCUAAAUAUUCUUCAAUCCAAUAUUCCUCUUCUCGCCACUGUCCCUAUACCAAAAUUUGGCAAAGAUAUACCUGCAGUUGUGAGGUUGAAGAACCAUCCAGGUGCAACCAUUUUCACGUUGGAUCAAAGCAACAGGGAUGCUAUGAAAGAGCAGAUCUACUCUCAGUUGGUAGAUAUGCUUCCUAAACCUCUGGACUAGGUUAGUGAUUUAAACUUUUCUAAUGUAUCUGGUUCACCCUCUGAGUAAUGGAAAGUAUGUCAUGUAUUGAAUUCCUUCUGCUUUUAUCUUUUUUUGCACACCUUGUAUAUGCUUCUUGCGGCUUAAGAUCUUUUAUUUUGUUUUA